CCUGAACACGUGCGUUCCGGUCUUUGCGUUCCACACACAGGAAGUGAGUUUUCAUCGGUUGCUGCAGCCUCCCAGUGUCCGUCGAGAUCAGACAUUCCAGCAGUGAGGAACCAGAGUCUUUGUUACACAUCACAUGUUCUGUAUUCUCAUCCAUCACUAAGCAUGGACACGGACAGGAGUCACAGGACUGAGAGGAUAAUAAAUAUCACCCUGGAGAUCAUCUGCCUGCUGACUGGAGAGGGUUACACAGUAGUGAAGAAGACAUCCAGUGAGUGUGAGGCACCCAUCAGCCAUUCCCGUGUGUCAGGAGGACUGAGCAGGACCCAGAGCCCCAUCACGGUGCCUCCACCUCACUCGCUUAUACGUGAGAGGCACAAUGACCAGAUGAUCCUGGAACUCACCAACAAGAUCAUUCAGCUGCUGACUGGAGAGGAGGAGGAAUAUAUAGAGGAACACAGGGGUCUGUACAAGGACGUGAUGAUGGAAAAUCACCGGCCCCUCACAUCACUGGAUGGACCCAGUAACAGAGAUACCCCAGAGAGAUGUCCCCGUCCUCUGUAUUCCCAGGAUUGUACAGAGGAGAAUCACAGGAUCCCACAGGAGGAUCAGGUAGAACGUCUGUCUGAUAUUAAAACAGAAGAUACAGAGGGAGAAGAAGAGACGUAUGUGACUGAUAUGAAGGCAGAAGAUAUAGAGGGAGUAGAAGAGACUUAUGUGACUGAUAUGAAGGCAGAAGAUAUAGAGGGAGAUGAAGAGACGUAUGUGACUGAUAUGGAGGCAGAAGAUACAGAGGGAGAAGAUGAGACAUAUGUGACUGAUAUGAAGACAGAAGAUAUAGAGGGAGAAGAAGAGACGUAUGUGACUGAUAGGGAGGCAGAAGAUAAAAAUGGAGAAGAAGAGACGUAUGUGACUGAUAUGAAGGCAGAAGAUAUAGAGGGCGAAGAAGAGACGUAUGUGACUGAUAUGAAGGGAGAAGAUGAGACGUAUGUGACUGAUAUGAAGGCAGUAGAUAUAGAGGGAGAAGAAGAGACGUAUAUGAGGUGUCAUCAGCAGUGUAAGGAGGAGGAAAUCCCUACAGAUAUCAGCAAAGAUGGACACACAAGCAGGAACAUCUCAGAAGGACAUCUAAUGUUAUCCCCGGAUUGUGAAAAAAAAGAUAAUGACAGUAGACCGGAUUCUCCAGGAGAUGAUCCUAUUACCUCAAUUAUACAUCCAGCUCUAUCAUCUGGUCCCUCUGAUCCUGGGAAAUGUUCUCCUGAUCACUCUGAUAUUGGUGCAUCUGUUACAGCUCUGAUAGUAGAUACAGUGUUUUCCUGUUCUAUAGAUGCCAAAUGUUUUACACAGAACACAAACCUUAUUACCCAUCAAUCAGCUAAGGCAGGUGAGAGACUAUUACCAUGUUCUGAGUGUGGUAAGUGUUUUCCAUACAAAUCAGAUAUUGUUAAACAUCAGGGAAGUCACACAGGUGAGAAGCCAUUUUCUUGCUCUGAGUGUGGGAAAUGUUUUACCCUGAAAUCAAAUCUUGUUAGACAUCAGAGAAGUCACACAGGUGAGAAUCCAUUUACAUGUUCUGAGUGUGGGAAAAGUUUUCCAUACAUAUCAGAUCUUGUUAAUCAUCAGAAAUGUCACACAGGUGAGAAGCCAUUUUCUUGCUCUGAGUGUGGGAAAUGUUUUACAUACAAAUCAGCUCUUGUUAGACAUCAGAGAAGACACACAGGUGAGAAGCCAAUGAUAUGUUCUGAGUGUGGGAAAUGUUUUGCAUCCAAAACAGCUCUUGUUAGACAUCAGAGAAGUCACACAGGUGAGAAUCCAUUUUCUUGCUCUGAGUGUGGAAAAUGUUUUACACGGAAAUCAGGUCUUGUUACACAUCAACGAAGUCACACAGGUGAGAAGCCAUUUUCCUGUUCUGAAUGUGGGAAAUGUUUUAUAAGUAAAUUAUAUCUUGUUAGACAUCAGAUAAUUCACAUAGGUGAGAAUCCAUUUUCUUGCUCUGAGUGCGGGAAAUGUUUUACCCUGAAACAUAAUCUUGUUAUACAUCAGAGAAGUCACACAGGUGAGAAUCCAUUUUCUUGCUCUGAGUGCGGGAAAUGUUUUACCCUGAAAUAUAAUCUUGUUAUACAUCAGAGAAGUCACACAGGUGAGAAGCCAUUUUCUUGCUCUGAGUGUGGAAAAUGUUUUACACGGAAAUCAGGUCUUGUUACACAUCAACGAAGUCACACAGGUGAGAAGCCAUUUUCCUGUUCUGAAUGUGGAAAAUGUUUUAUAAGUAAAUUAUAUCUUGUUAGACAUCAGAUAAUUCACAUAGGUGAGAAUCCAUUUUCUUGCUCUGAGUGUGGGAAAUGUUUUACCCUGAAUUCAAAUCUUGUUACACAUCAGAGAAGUCACACAGGUGAGAGGCCAUUUUCCUGUUCUGAAUGUGGGAAAUGUUUUAUUAAUAAAUUACAUCUUGUUAGACAUCAGAGAAGUCACACAUGUGAGAAGCCAUUUCCAUGUUCUGAGUGUGGGAAAUGUUUUACCCAGAAAUCACAACUUGUUACACAUCAGAGAAGUCACACAGGUGAGAGGCCAUUUCCAUGUUCUGAGAAAUAAAUCCGCUCUUGUCGCACACAAUAGACAGAACCAUUCUUUUCUUCUGGAGUAUACUUAUCAUUGCCAUGUAACGUUCUUCAAGGUUCUUAUCCUAUCUCCCAUACUUUUUGCAAUACACGUGCUACCACUGGGUGAAACAGACGUCAUGUCCUCGUUUACCACUGCUAUGCCGAUGACCGGUCUUUUGUUCUGGGUACUGAGAACCCAAUACCAAUCCUAAAUGUCUAGCUGAGCUCCAGGUGUGGGUAACGCCAGUUGGCUUUGACUCCGUCCUAGUGAAACAGUUCCAUGUGAUAGAAGCUCACGACAAAGGGCAGGGCUACAGCUCAGCUUUGCUUACCAACCAGACUUACACUUGUGGGUUCAGAGUUACAAAAUGCUGAUCAUGUUCGGAAUCUUGGUGUCUUGGAUGGUGGAGUGACACUUAGACAUCAGGUAUCAGCCACAAUCAGAUCCUCAUCUGAGGAACAUAGCCAGACUCCAGAACUUAUUACCCUCAGAAGACCUACAGUCAUGCAUGCAUUUGUAUCAUCACACAUAGAACACUGUAAUGCCCUCUACCUGGGUCUCCCAGCAAAAGAUCAUCAAGUGGGGAGGCGGCAGUCAGCAUGCUAGGAAAAGGAUUGCAAACGCUGCUAAUUAGCAGCCUCCUAUUACAGAAUCUUACGGACUCUCCGAGCCCUACAUGACCAGGGUCCAUGGUACCAGAAGCAGCUUCUGACUCCUUACUGCCCUGGUUACAUCAAUCUGUUGAUGAAGGACUGUUAGCAGUACCAUAAAUGCCCAAGCAGUGCUUGGAUGUCGGGGAAACAGGGUGGGUGGCAGUAGUGCAGUAGCGGGGCUGCUGGAGGCAGUGUGUAAGUGGGUAAUAUUGUCCCCAAUCAGCUCUGAGGUGGCAGACAGGGCGAGUGACAGUAGUGGGGGCUGCUGGAGGCAGUGUGUAAGUGGGUAAUAUUGUCCCCAAUCAGCGCUGAGGUGGCAGACAGGACGAGUGGCAGUAGUGGGGGCUGCUGGAGGCAGUGUGUAAGUGGGUAAUAUUGUCCCCAAUCAGUGCUGAGGGCAGACAGGACGAGUGGCAGUAGUGGGGGCUGCUGGAGGCAGUGUGUAAGUGGGUAAUAUUGUCCCCAAUCAGCUCUGAGGUGGCAGACAGGGCGAGUGACAGUA